AUGGCCCUUUCAAAAGGCCCCGCCGCACCGUCGAGAGUAAAAGCAAAAGCAACAACGAGGGCAUCGGAAGCCGACAUCGCCACAAACACAGCCCUCCUCUUCCACGCCGAGGCCGCGCAGCUGGCGAAAUCAUGGCUCCGCGGCGCGCCCGCAAGUGACGAUGGGCAAGAGGAAGACGAAGACCACGACAAGGACAAAGAAGAACAAGAUCUCGAAAGGGAGUUUUUGCGGAAUAAAGAUAUGUACUCCGAGACAGCGGGGGUGGGGUAUCGCGCCGCCACCACCACAGAGUCGACCUCGAUGCCCGGGUCCGCCGCGACCGAUCCAACGGCGGCUUUUUUGAGGAGGCAGUUGCUCCCCGGUCACCAUCGUGGACGAGCCGCAAAUGGCAAUGCAGGUACUCACAGUGCAAUGACUGCCCGUCCGAGACCACCGCUACGAGCACCGAGACGUGUGAAUGGUGAGGGAGAUUCGGACGAGGAGGAAUCCCGCUCGGGCCUUGGCAAGAGGAAAAGAAAAGCCGAAAACGUGCGGCAGCCAGCGUCCAGGAGUGGCGAGACUACGAAAGCGCAAUGGCAAAUAGACCAAGCGGGAAAAAGAGCACAUUCCCCUGGAGAAGUUGGCGCCAGUUCUGGUCCCAAUGGGUCGCACGUAGCAGUUGCAGAACCUCAUCGCGCUGACCCUGUUCCUGAUCCCGAAAUGGUCCAUGUGGCACAAUCGAAAGCAAGAAAAACUGGAACUGGCAGUUACCUAGACGAGCUUCUCGCCUCUCGAACCGCGAAGAAACAAAGGAGGAAAAACAAGAAUAAGGGAAAGGGAAUGGGCCUGGCUGAGACCGAGCCGGGGUAA